AUGUCUACCCUGGCAAGCCCCGAAGAAGCGGUGCUCUACCGCAAAGAAGGCCGCGUGGCCAUCAUCACUCUCUCGCAGCCCAAGAAGCUCAACGCCAUGACCCAGCCCUACUACUACCGCAUAUCCUGCCUGCUGCGCGACAUCGCCGAGGACCCCGAAAUCACCAUCACUCUACUGACGGGGUCGGGCCGUUUCUUCUCGGCCGGGGCAAACGUCACGACGACACGGCCUGGCGUGGGACCGGGCAUAGGCAAAGACGAAGCGCGGAGCGACAUACUCAAAGGCUUUGUGAGUAACAACCUCGACAUCACCAGGAGUUUCUACACGCAUCCCAAGAUCCUCGUGGCCGCACUGAACGGGCCGGCCGUCGGUCUUUCGGCGGCAGUACUGGGCUUCUGCGACUUUAUAUACGCGACGCCACACACGUUCCUGCUCACGCCCUUCUCGUCGCUUGGGUUGGUGGCCGAGGGCGGCGCCAGCAUCGGGCUCGUGCAGCGUCUGGGUCUGGCGAAGGCGAAUGAGGCGCUGAUCAUGUCGAGGAAGAUCCCGUGCGAGGAGUUGGUGGCAUGUGGGUUCGUAACAAAGGUGUUCAGCGGGAAGGAUCAGAACGACAGCGACGGCUUCUUGAAGCAAGUCUUGGACGAGAUCCAGGAUAAGCUCGGCGAGCACUUGAACCAGGAGAGUUUGAUCAAGAUCAAGGAGCUGAUCCGAAGACCGUUCCUCGAAGCACUGGAGGCCCAAGGAGUCAGGGAAGUCAUGGAAGGCAUGGCGAGAUUCGUAAAGGGUGCGCCACAGGAAGAGUUCCGCAAACUCGCCAGUGGGGAGAAGAGGCACAAGCUGUAA